AUAUAUAAAAAAAAAAAUAUUUAAAAAAAAAUAUAAUAUAGAAAUACUUUAUAUGCAAUUGUGCAACGUGUUGCAAAGUGAAACAUACAAAAUUGAGUAUCAAACGAUGAGCGCACGCUCCGCGUCCCCCAAGGUGCUGCUGGACAUUAGCUACAAGCCAACGCUGCCCAAUAUUAUGGAGCUGCAGCACAAUGUCAUCAAACUCAUCCAGGUGGAGCAGCAGGCCUACAUGCAAUCGACGCCACACUACAUGCAACACCAGCAGCUGCAGCAGCAACAUCCGCAACAACAGCAACAAUAUGCGCCACUGCCAGCGGAUUAUGCGGCAUAUGGCAUAACGGAACUGGAGGAUACGGACUAUAAUAUACCCAGCAAUGAGGUGCUCAGCACCAGCAGCAAUCACAGCGCUCAAAGCAGCCUGGAGCUGAACAACAACAACAAUCAAAACAACUUUGAGCAACAGCAACAACAGCAGCAGCAGCAGCAGCAACAGACGACGGCAGCAACAGUUGCUGCUGCUGCUGGUGCUGUUACUGCUGCUCCACAUGGCUAUAUCCUCAAUGAGCAUGGCAAAAGGGCGCGCGGCAGCAGCGACUACAACGAUUGCCAAACGGAUGUGUUAUCCUUGCAGCCCGAGCACAAGAAACUGUUGCAACAGCAGCAACAGCAACUCUAUGUGGACUAUUUGCCCACCACGGUGGAUGAGGUGGCAGCAGCGCAGACCCAAACUCAGACACAAACUCAGGCACCAACAACACAACAACAACAACAGCAGCAGCAGCAACAAAAUGGCUGCAUUUCCCCACUUUCGCACUCCCAUUCGCACUUCGAUUUUGCCGGCGAUGAGGAGUUGCAGGAUCACAAGCCACAUAUCUUCAAAUAUGGCAUCUAUCCGCAAACAAUUGCUCCCUUGCAACAACAGCAACAGCAGCAGCAGCAGCAACAACAACAGCAGCAGCAGCAGCAACAGUUGCAUUUUCAGAGCAGCUAUAGAUCUGGCCAGAAUUACGAUGCCUACGAGCCAGCAAAUAGUCUGAAUGGCAGCACAUAUUCCAGCUCCGAUCGUGAUGAUAUGGAGUAUGUGCGCCAAACGGCGCUCAGCUCUGUGGGUGGCUAUGCCAAGAAUGAGGAUGAGUUGGAGGAUAUGUCGCCGACGUGUCUGGUCGAUGAUAGCAGCCUGAUGGAUGCCAGCGAUGUGGCUGGGAAAGCGUUCCGCAAACCGCGUCGCCGCCUGAAACGCAAACCGAGCAAAACGGAGGAAACGGACGAGUUCAGCAAUCAGCGGGUGAUGGCCAAUGUGAGGGAGAGGCAACGCACCCAGAGCCUCAACGAUGCAUUCAAGUCGCUGCAACAGAUCAUACCCACCCUGCCCAGCGAUAAGUUGAGCAAAAUCCAAACACUCAAGCUGGCCACAAGAUACAUUGAUUUCCUGUGCCGCAUGCUUAGCUCCAGCGAUAUAUCGCUGCUGAAGGCGCUGGAGGCGCAAUCAUCGCCAGUAUCGCCGGGCUAUGGCAAUAAUAAUAUGAAUAUUAAUGCCAGCACACUGCUUAGUGCCGCCAAUGGGGCCGAGGCUGAUCUCAAGUGUCUGCGCAAGGCGAAUGGAGCACCCAUCAUUCCGCCCGAGAAACUCAGCUAUCUGUUUGGUGUGUGGCGCAUGGAAGGCGAUGCCCAGCAUCAAAAGGCAUAGGCAAAGGGCUGGGGAAGUAGUCGGACUUGGAGUAUUAACAGGAGGAGGAGCAGGAGGAGGAGGAGUCGUAUCGAUUGCCAUUGGGGCUUCCAGUUACUGAACAAAAUGAAUACACACAGCGUGAAUAAUUCCAAUGCAAGUGCCAAAAUCGAGCACUUGCAGAUCUUUCCAUAUCUUAUAGAUGACUAAGCUAAACACACAUUAUUUAAACAAAAUAUGAGAAAAAAAACACAAAGAAAAAACCAACUAUUGUUUAGGUAUAAUUUUAUGUACU